UGGCAGUGAUUGAGCCAAGCAGGUGGCUGGGCGCGACUUUGGUUCCGCUGCUCGUGGCCUGGUGGGGUCUCGCCCGCCGCUCCCUCUCCUUCAGCGGCGCCGUCUGCGGUCUGGUGGUGGGCUUCAUGCUGACCCUGAGCAGCUACGUCUACCUGGUGGACCUGAUGGUGUUCUUCGUCACCUCCUCGCGGGCCACCAAGUACAAGUCGGCAAGCAAGCGCAAGCUGGAGGAGAACUUCAGAGAAGGAGGUGAACGAAACUGGGUACAGGUGGUUUGCAAUGGCGGUGUUGCAAGCUUACUUGCCUGGCUCUUCAUCGUGGACUGUGGGUGCGGAGAAAAUCCAGUAGACCUCGUUUACAAAUACCGUUGCUCCUGGCUUAGCGUUGCUAUUCUUGGUGCACUGGCAUGCUGCAAUGGUGACACAUGGGCCUCAGAGCUGGGGGCGGUCAUGAGUUCCGGAGAACCUAUACUUAUUACGUCUCUUCAGCCCGUACCACGAGGAACAAAUGGCGCUGUAAGCACCUCGGGUAUCAUCAUGAGCCUCUUGGGAGGACUCGUAGUGGGCAUCGGGCACUACUUAACACUGCUGAUGUUUGUGUCGAGUCCCGUCAUGAUCUCGGCACCGGCUCAGUGGCCCAUAAUCUUCGUAGGGGCAGUUGGGGGACUUCUUGGUAGUCUUAUUGAUUCUGUGAUCGGAGCUACUAUGCAGUUUUCAGGUAUGAAACUAGGUAUGGACUCCAAUGGAAAGAUUGUUGAGAGACCUGGAGAUGGAGUAAUACCAAUAUCAGGCACAUACAUCUUGGACAACCAUGCCGUCAACCUCAUAAGCUCUCUCCUAACUGCUCUCCUGCUCCCGAGGAUUGCCCUUGUGAUCAUGUAGAGAGAAAUAACUCACAAAAUAAUGGCGAUCUGAUUAGUUUAACGUACAUCUGUAGAUUUUCUUUUUUUUUUACAAAAUUUUUCUUCAUACAUACACAAAUUUCUUUCUUGGCAGCUCUUCCGUAGAGGUGCAAGAUUAGGGUGACUUUAGGUAUAUUUUUGGAAUUCCUGUUGAGGAUAUAUACUGUGACUGUGAUAAGGGCAGCAUCUUAUGAGUGUGCGUGCUUGACUGAAGUUUGUUUGAGAGGACCCUGCUGUGGAAGUGCAUCCCUUUUCAUUAUGUAUGCUUUGGCCAGUGUUGUAGGAGGGACACUUUCCGCAUUCAAAAACACUUCUUGGAAGGAGAAAAAGUGUUUCUCUCAUUACAGUGGUUGUUUUCUUAUUUUCAGGUGCUAAAGUGGGCAUUUGGUAGUUCUCUCAUCCUGUUUGCAUAGAUGAUAAUGCCUCUUUUCAGAUUGAUUUCAGUAUGUGAAUGUUACUACUGCGUGUGGAAAAAGAUAAGAGGUGUUUGGUGGUCGUUAUGCUGUAUAUAAACUAGAAGAUUUUGUGAAGAAAAAGGACUGUACUUAUGUAUUUUGUUGUUGUUGUUGUUGUUUUUAUAUAUUUAUUUAUUUAUUUUUUGUUAGUAUUGACUAUUAAUAUUACUACUAUUAAUAUCAUAUUAUUAUUAUUAUUAUUAUUAUUAUUAUUAUUAUUAUUAUUAUUAUUAUUAUUAUUAUUAUUAUUAUUAUUGUCAUUGGCACUGAUUCUCUGUAGACAUCAGUCAAUAAUAAGUGGGCAAGUAUAUGUUUUCUAUGAUAUGAAAACAGUAUGAAAUUGAGAAAGAAAGCUUUGGGAAAAAGGAAGAUAUGGUAACCUGGAGUUUAUUUUGCUUAUUGCUUGAAGGGAGAUAAAAUAGUUUCAUUGUUAUUUGACAGAGAAAGAAUAGUAAAAAAAUAGUCAGUCAUUUAUUAAACAAGAAAGAUACCAUAGUUUGUCAAUAAGUAUUCAAAGGGGAGACUUUGGGGUGUUAUGUGCUGUUGAACAAAAUUGAUUAAUUCAUUAUUAUUCAUGGAAGAAAAAAUAGUAUAAUACCUGUUCAAGGAAAAGAAAAUAGUCUGUUAUUUGUUAAUUGAGAAGUAGGAGAGAAAAGGACUGCUAUGUUGAUCAAGGAGUAUCUAGGAGAAGUAUCUAGGAGGUGCAGACGCAAAUCAAAUUAUCAACUUAUAACCGGCAUGUGUCAGUUGAUGGAUGAUUGAUUAAUUAUAAGGGCUUGCAUUUUCCCUCCCGAGCAUUUAUACAAGAUCCCGUAUCGCUGACUAUGAUAACUGUGAUUAUUGGUGUGUCCCCUGUGGUUGAUUACGCUCUUUGUGAUUAUUGCUGUUAGUACUUGAUUACUAUGCUGUACAGUGGAGAACAUACUCCAUGCUAUGCUCUGUCUUUGUUAACAGAGGAAUGUUUUAGAUAUGUUCUACUUGUGUUUUGCUAGCUGUGGAGGUCUAGACAGUAUCUUGUGAUUCUGUGACAGUAUUACUAGUGUAGCAUAAGUGAGCCUACCAAUGCUGAGGGCAAAAGGCAAAGGGCAAGUGAGCAUUUAAUAAUUUCUUAGUCAUGAUUCUUCGUUUUGCAUUUCUAUUUACUUAAUUUUUCUGUUUGUUAAGUAAUGUUUUUAUGUUUGUUGAAGGAAUUACUACAAGUAGAUGCCCUUGAGCUGGUUCAGAGGCUCUUUUUUUAUGAAUCUGUCAUUAAUAAGUGGACAAGAAAUGCAGCCCUGUUUCCCCUGUUAUAAAGUCAUUGUAUAAUCAUUCACUUUGGGGGCCUUUUUUGGGGGAGAGUAACCAGAUUGUAUUGGUGGGAUUGCCUUUAUUGUAUUGGUUGUCAUUACUUAGGUUUCACAAUGCAAUUAUGAAAUGUUUGUAGCUUAUAUUGCUGUUAUAUACUUGUGAUUUUUAAAAUGUUUUCUAACAUCUUGUAAAGGAUAUGUACAGUGUAGGUACAAGAUGGAAGAGUGAAUGAUUUAAGAUUGGAGGAGUGUGUGUAGUAAUAUAUAACACACUCACAUUCACACUUGCACUUACACUCACACUCACACUCACACUCACACUCACACUCACACUCACACUCACACUCACACAUAGAAAAUACAUACACACACAGUUACAUAUGUAAUAUCAAAUGCAUAUCUCUUGAUUUUUAUUGGAGGGUGCAAGGCUCUCAUAGGUGACAUGGUGGCUAAUAGCAAAAUUUUCUCUUGUUAUUUGUCAAAUAAGGGAUAAUGUUCCUGGACAUUGAGCAGUAGGGGUGGAGGCCUCAAAUCUUUUGUUAAAAUUUUUGUUGGGAUAGGUGUUGGGUGUAUGCCUCCGAUUUGCCGAUAGAGAAACCGCGGGCAUUUUCCGAACUCCCAGGGUACAUGUAAUUAAUACAAAGCACAUUUUGAAAGAGACUGCACUUACCUUUUUUAGGUUGAAAUAAAUAAAUAUAUAUAUACUGUAUAUCUCAAGAAAGUUUAAUGCUUUAGAUAAGUAUGUGCAUUACUGACCCAUUGCUAUUAUGUCUGAAAAUAUUGAGUGUUCCAUUUUGUAACUGAAUACAAAGAAUGAAAUGAAAUAUAUUUAUAUUUUUGGUUGA